AUGAAACAACUAGAUGCAACAAGGGAUAUGUCUACUCUUCGUAUACCCCUCCAAUACAAAUACUUGGUUAGUUUAUAUGCCCUUGCCCACCGGCCUCCACGUACGCUGGGCCAUUCUCGCAGCCUAGAAGAAGCAGCACCUGCUGCUCAAGAAGCCAUCAUCGAUCGCACCGGUUCUAGGUCUUGGGCGUGGUUGCAAGGGUGGUACAAUAGAUUACAAAGAGAUGAAAUGGUGGCAGAGUGGAAGAAAGUUCAGGGAAAGAUGUCUCUCCAUGUUCACUGUCAUAUAAGUGGGGGCCAUUUUCUUUUGGAUUUGUGUGCAAGGCUUAGAUACUUCAUCUUCUGCAAAGAACUCCCUGUGGUUUUGAAGGCCUUUAUUGAUGGAGAUGUCAAUUUGUUCAACAACCAUCCUGAACUUCAGGAGGCUCUGGUUUGGGUUUACUUCCACUCAAACAUUCCUGAAUUCAACAAGGUAGAAUGCUGGGGCCCAGUCAAGGAGGCUGCAGCACCAACCAUUGGGGUCCAUGUGGACAAAAUGCCCAAGCCUUGCCAAGAAGACUGUAGCUAUUGCUUCCCACCAAUGAGCUUGAUCCAACGGCCAGCAGAGCUUCCCCAUGAUACUGAAAAUAGUUUUGGGGCCCAGCAGAGCUUUCUCCAGCAAAGAUGAUGUGUCUCAUUGUCAUUCAUUAGGUUUUAUUAAUAGUGUUUGCUCCUUGUAAAUACAAGCCUACUCCUUUAGAACCCCAGGCGGCCAGGCAAUAGUAUUGGCGGGGGGUUCGUCUCAGCAGUUUCCUUUUUGGGACGUAGCUGAUCUUGUGCUUUGUCGUUAUUGAUAAGAUUUGAUCUGUCUAAUUUCAGGGCUGUGAUUGUUUGGUGCCUUCUUUCAAGAAAAAUGGUAGGUCUCUCUAUUUGUUAA